ACAUGUGUGUUCAUGUUCAGAGGCGUCAGUCUGUAAACCACCAACAAUAGAGACAGCAGCUCGCCCUCAUCCCACUGAAGAGCUGCAGCAGCUGGACUCUGAUCCAGAACCCAGUCGUCCCCUCAGCAGACGCUUAAAUACUGUGACCUCACCCCCUGCUGGACCCUGCUGCUCCAAUCCGGUCCGGCGUGGCUGCUUUAAGAGCUGAGGGAUGUGACAGCUGGACUCAGAGACUUCAGGUGAACCUUGUGCAGAGCUCCGAUCUUCUCCAGUCUUCCAGCUGUCGUGUUUCUGCUCUGAACGGCUCAGAUGGACCGAUCCGCACAGGAGCUGUUUCUGAACUUUAUGAUUGUGUUGAUCACGGUUCUGCUCAUGUGGUUACUAGUCAAACAAUACCAGGACGCAUGAGGAGCGAAGAGCUCAUUCCUCACCACCACCAUCAUCAUCAUCAUCGUCCUCAGCUGUGAAGAUGAGCUCCAGCACCAGACGAUGAUGUUUCUGCAGACGGAUGGAAGAUGUGCCAGUCAGGAUGGAUCGUCUCGUGAUGCCUUCAAAAGCAGCACAGUUUGUCCGUAUGGAUUAUUGUCAUGUGUUAAAUGUUAUAUAAGUUGAUGCUCUGGAUGUUUAAUGUGAUUAAAUUGGGAAAAACACUCAAAUUAACUGCUGAAAGAGUUCCAGCAAUGUGUGGAGUAAAGAGAUUGUUUUAUUGGUUUAAAUAAAGAACUCUUUGGCAAUGCAA